AUGGGCCGGCCUAAGUCUCACGCUGGAAUGCUGUCAGGUUCGCAGCCUCCUUUGAUGCCCAGAAUUACAAAUCCACCAACAGCCACCACUCUAUCGGAAAGCCAUACGGCAACCGCUUUGCACGAUAUCAAUAUGGCGCUGAGCCAGCCGGACGAAUCUGUUACUGAUGCCUACCCUCUGUCAUUAUCCGUCCCCGACAUGAUGUUUCUCGACUCCAUUUCACACGAAGACUUGGGCGGCGAACAUGGAAUUGCUUAUAGCGACUUCAACUCCCAGGCUUCUGACUCGACUGGCGACAACGCUACCCUUCCUUUGGAGAAUUUCAACAAGGGUGCAUUGCACCUGGAUACCAGCUACCUAGACCGCCAAUUCUCACCUCAACUUAUAGAGUCUGAUCACCAGGUAUCCGAAUUCAAUCUCAAGUUAGCUAGGCGCCUCCAACAGUGCCAGUCAUUCUUUAGACGGAAAGACGGCAGCUCCAAAGUGGCCAAUACAACAGGGUCUGAACCGUUAGUGUUGGACAAGGAUGACAUCAGUAAUCAGGAAACAACCCUAUUUGGGUACACUCUGAGCGAUACUUCAGAAUUCCUUGCGAUUGUACAGGCUUACGCAUCGGACGAAUUUAAUAAGUUCUCUGACACGGGAAUCAGGAAUAAGGGCUGUCACAAUAUCAAAAACAACUUUGGCACCAGCUCAUGUUCUCGACCCGGCCUGAUUCUCACUCUAAAUCUCAUUUCUGCAUAUUUGCAACUAGUACAGAUAUAUGAAGAGCUUUUCUCGUGUCUGAGCAGGAAGCUUGUCAGUGGUUACAGUGAGGCUGCCUUUGAUAUGCAGAUAUUUCCUCAAUUACAGCUUGCCGGGUUCUCGGUCCAACAGGGCAAUUUACAAAUAAAAAUAUUCAUCCAAACAACCGUUCACCAGUUUGAGAUGAUUGAAAAAGCCCUUGGACUACCCCCCGACCUCCGCGUCACGGAUAAACAGGACGCAUACCUAGGAUUUUUAGAGGAUGAAACUGCCAAGAACAUUUUAGACGCAAUAAGCGGCGGCAAAUUAUACUCGGAAGCCUUGGGAGAACAUGAUGGACCCCGAGCUUUGGUCUCUUUACGAAGCCACCUGAAGCGAGUUUGGACAUUAUCGGAAGGGUAG